AUGUCCCUGGUGGUAUUCUCAUUCGGCUCAUUCGGUGACAUUGUCACCCUACUCAGCCUCACGAAGCGUUGUUGCCAAGCUCUCUGCGAGAGCACGGGCGCUUCACGGGACUACCAAGACCUAGUCCUUGAACUCUCCUCCUUCGCCUCCCUGCUCGAAUCCAUAAAUGAAGUCAUCUUCGACUCUGCCAAUAGCAACCGUAGCAUGAACAUCGCGCAGGUCCGGAAAGAGCUUGAGCUGACGCUGAAAGAGGCGAAGAAGACGUUGCAGGGGUUCAAUGCUGCGAUUUUGGGCUAUAAGGCGAGUUUGGGGGCGAGCGGAGGGACGGGAAGGAGGGUGAGGGACUCGUGGAGGAAGAUUGGGUGGGCGUUGUUCAAGGCAUCGGAGGUGGGGGAUAUGAGGAAGAGGUUGGCUGAUUAUCAGCAGAAACUGUCGUUUCUUAUGGGUAGCUAUCAAGGACAUGGUCUCAAUGACUUGGGCGAUAUGCAACGACAGCAAGAGGCCAUCGUCGAGCAGCUCACUAUACAUGUCGUGCGACAGAAUCAGUGGCUGGCUAAAGCUCCAGUAAUGCCCCCCAUGGGCAAGUCCAUCACGUUCAUUGGCCCGGGCGGGGACGAGUUUUCUCUUCCAUAUCAAUUUUGCGACAGCCCAGAUUUGCUGCAUAGAAUGCUCAGACAGUGUUACAGGGCCAGGCCCGGGGUCGGAGGCGGAUAUAUCUUCAGAGGCGACUAUGAUAUCACGGAACCGGGGAAGGAUGCGUCGCUCACUACCGUCGACUUGGCGGAUUGGAGGGCCUCGUUGCGCCAUCCGGGGACGAAAAUUCAGCUUACGGCGAUCCUGUAUGGGACGGAAUUGAAGAAGCUGGAGGAUGCUGAGGAGGGACUGGAGUGUCCAGGAUGUAAGAGGAUGGUGGCGUUGCCGGAGGAAGCGCUGGCGGCGGCGAAAAAGCAGAGUAAGGUGCAGAAGGCGAAAGAGGAAGCAGAGAGAAUUAAGUGGGAGAUUGAGAAUGCGAGGAGAGCAAAAUUUAAAGAGGAAUACGAGAGGGAGCAGGCGAUGAAGAACGGAGGAGCGGUAGAAGAGGUAUCGAAGGAAGGAGAUGAAGCGCCCAAGGAAGGAGAUAAAGCGCCCAAGGAAGAAGAUGACUCAGUGCCUAAGGAAGGAGAUGGAGCGCUGAAGGAAGAGGAAAAGGUCCUAGAGGUCUUCAAUAAAUUCGAGUGCCCUCACUGCCACGAAAGCAUCCCAAUACCCGCCGAAAGACACCUGAAUGCGGCGAUCAGUCUAACAUUCAAGCAGCCAGAUCCUGCCACCUACGACUCAUCUGCCUCUGUCACGGGCAGACCUGGACCAUCCCUUGCUGUCGAACCGGCUGCGAACGACGACGACGACGCGAUUGAGCUGACGAAGGGGCCUCAGCCUCCUGAUGGUCCUCUGCAUCUGCUGAGACAUGCUCGGGUGUUGACAACGAUGACGACGAAGUCGGCGAUGCGUUAUUUCAAGGAUGAUGGCAAUCAUCAGUUCCUUUUUCGGACAAUGAAUGCGCAUAAGGGAACUUGUGGUUUGUGGGAGGAGUUGCGAAAGAGGGGUGGUGGACCGAUGACAUGCCACAUAGCUACAGCGACGACAAGAGAGAACUACCAUUUGCAUAUGGUCUUGUCCCCCGUAGCGGUGAGAAACUAUGACUACGACGUGUUGGACGGAUUUGUCACGAUAAAUGAAAGUCUGUUGGAGCAUUGGAAGAAUCUUAGGAUACAAAAGGGCAUGGAGUUCAGAUGGUGGGAGAUGAGUAUGCGGAAGCCUGGAGCCUGA